AUGAGCUCGGAUCAUAAUCAGACUCCUAACGCGGGUUACAGUACUCCGCCAUUGGCGACUGCUGGAGCUGGUGUUGGUAAUAACAGUCCGAGAUCUAUUCCUCGACGAGCUGUUUCUACUGAGACUGCUGAUUCAUAUCAUAGAAAGCUGUAUCAGCAGGCGCUUCCUGAACCGGGUCAAGAGCCAUAUCACCAGGAAGUCUCGAGUCCGAGUCAGUAUGACCAGCACCAUCAGUAUCAGGACCAUUAUCAACAGAUCCAGAAUCAGAGCCAGGGUCAUGGUCAGCAACUGCAAGGACCACCAACUGAACAGUCGCUGCCAAAUAUCCCGCCAUCAGCUCACCUGGCACCUCGUCCGGUACCACCAUUGGCUCUAAAUACCAAACAUAGUCCCACAAGUCCCACAACGGCUACUUCAGUGGGUGUGGCUCAUACCGAGGCACCUCCUAGCUCGCCGUUUACAUCGGGUCCUACUGCCGAAGCAGCUGGCUUGCUUCCUGGAAGCGGUGCUAAUGGCGGUGCAGACCUUCGUCCCCACCGGUCUAUGAGAUCUAUGUUCUCCAGACGAGGUAGAGACGAUAACUCCAGUCUUCAUGUGACGUCUCCUCAAAUCCAGGUUCAACCUGCUCAUGAAGACAGUCAGUUGCAUGACCAAGAAAAGCAACCAUCUUCAGCCAGUCUACAUCCGACCACCAGCAUAUUCAGUAGAAAGGAGAUAGAACGCCAUCUUCCUAUUUUGAUGGAAGAGUCAGAUUCAGAUGAAGAAAUGCCAGAUAUCAAGCAGGUAGUGAGCCAGAUGGAACAUGGUGAAGACCGAAGCGAUGAAAGUGGUGAUACUUCACGAGCAUCUACUCCUGAUGGAGAUGGCGAUGGUGACCAUCGUAAGAGACGUGGUCAUCGUAGUAAACGUAGCAAACGGUCGCAGAAAAAGCGAUCACAAACCCCUAGCAAGUUUGUUACUUCGAUGAGAAAGUUUUAUGUGUCAAUUAUCUCGAAAACUCUCAUCACAAGGGCGUUUAUUUAUUGGCUUCCAUUGGGGCUUAUUCUGUUUGUUCCUUUGGCAGUUGGUGCUUGGGGUAACCCAGAUGCUUCAGUGGGUCAUAGCAGUCUCAUGUGGCUGUUCAUCUGGCUGGAAGUGGUAUGGGGUUCGCUGUGGAUUAGUAGGAUUGUCGCUCAUUAUUUACCGUCUAUAAUGGGUGUUUUCUUGGGAAUUGUCAGUCCCUCAAUGAGAAAAUAUACUGCCAUUCUUGCUGCAUUAGAAUUGCCAGUGACCCUGGUAUUCUGGGCAUUUGUGUCAUUUAUUACGUUUAUUCCACUGCUAUCGCUUAACCACAAAGCAUUAAAAGAUGCUACUCUGACCCAACCAUGGCAGAGAACCGUGAAUAAUAUCAUGGUUGCACUUCUCAUAUCUUCUCUUAUUUUCCUAGCAGAACGUCUAUUCAUCCAUCUUCUGUCUGUAUCAUUCCACAAGACGAGAUUUGCUAGCCGAAUCAAGAACAAUAAACAGGCUGUCAGCACUUUGUCUCUUCUACUCCAAGCAGCUUAUCAAGUAUUCCCUCAGUUUUGCGAGGAGUUUGAAGACGAAGACAUGGCUCUUGAAGGUGGUGCCUUACUAGAAAAGGGAAAGAAGAUGAAGGCAUUCCAGGCUAUUGCUGGUAACGAAAACAUGCAAAAAGUGGUUGGAACUGUUCAUCGUGUAGUAGGGUCAGCUGCUAAUGUCAUUGGCAAUGUUGCUCGUGACUUUAGAGGAUCGCGUUCUAGACAGUCUUCAGCAUAUAAAGUUGUGUCGGAUGCGCUAGAGAGCAGAGUCAUGUCAGAGAUUCUUGCCAGUCGUAUUUGGAAAUCACUGGUUCUCGAGGAUUCGGAAUCGCUAACUAUUGAAGAUUUGCUUGAAGUUAUUGGUACCGAAUACGAAGACGAAGCUCGUACAUUGUUUGACUCGCUAGACAAGGAUUCCAAUGGCGACCUGACUCUUGCUGAGAUCAUUGCAUCAGUCAAAGAUAUCAGUAGAGAACGCAAGACCAUCUACCGGUCACUACGAGAUAUGGACUCUGCAAUUGGUAAACUGCACUCAGUCUUAUUAUUUGUUGUUUUCAUUAUCAUUAUCAUUGUGUUUAUUGGUAUGUUAGCACCCAGUGUUGGCACUGUGCUUGCCACGCUUGGUUCGACCCUCCUGGCUCUGUCGUUUGUGUUCUCAGUCACUGCUCAAGAGAUUCUCGCUUCGUGUGUUUUCCUGUUCGUCAAACACCCAUUGGAUGUAGGAGAUAUCGUUACCAUCGCCCUAAACGGAGUCAACUCGACCAUGUCGGUAAGUGAGAUUUCUCUUUUAUACACUGUUCUCAAAGAUACAUCUACCGGAGUAGUCCGUCAAGCACCCAAUGCUGUUUUGAAUACCCUCUGGAUUGACAACACCACCCGUUCUGGCCCUAUGAGCACACCGUUCACAUUCACCCUUGGUCUGCCAGAAACAAGCGCUGAGGACAUUGAAGUGUUUAAGGAUCGACUCAACCAGUUCCUUGCUGAGAACCACCGUGAUUACAUGCCCAAUCCAUAUGUACAAAUUACCAACUACGAGGAUCUGGAUCGUAUUGCUCUGACUGUCAGUGUUACAUACCGCAACAACUUUGCCGAUGGUACAUUGCUUGGUAACCGUCGUACCAAGCUGCUCAAGUUCUUCGCAGAAUGUGUCAACAGCAUUCCACUGCACAUUCCUCGUCGUGCCGAUACCUUCUCCAACCCAGAUCUUCCAAUGUUCAGCAACGGAUCUCCACCCAACGAGAACACGAAGUUCACUGGUGGUCUACGGACCCGUCAAGCUUUCGGUAUUCGACCAGUCGAUCCACCAACCGAGUCUGACAAUGGCAAUACCUUAGACGAGAAGAACGAUAAUGUCUUCACCGACGGUCCUCUCAGUGCCCGCGACCAAGCAAUGCAGGACGUUGCCAUGGCUCACAACGCCGACCGCACCGCCUCGACCACCUCCCGUGCCACCACCACCGGCAUAAACAGGUCUACGUCCAGGGGUCUUCGGAGGAGAAUCUAG